UUUUUGGAAUAUAGAGGAUAUCUAGAAAUAAUCUCAAUCCGAUAUAAAAUGAGAUAGGGUAGAUAAUUUGUAAGGAUUCUUGUCUAAUAUAAAUAUGAUAUAAUGUGUUGUGUGAGAGUAUUAUCUUCAGUUAUAGCUAUACAUUUUGCUGCAUUCAUUUCUUAGCUUGGAGAAUAUCUUAAUGAGUAUUAUAGAUCCUUCUAUGCGUUCUUUCUCUUGUAGUCUACUGAGUGUGUUUGAUACAGAUCCUAAAGAAGAAUCUUGAAUGGCAGGAACGGAGUAUUGUUUUUUUAGAUUAAUUCGUAAAUCAAAGAAAUCUACAUCACACACCAAGGAUGGACUUGGAGACUUUGUAUCAAUUCUACUAGGAAACUCACAAACAGAUUGUCCACCAGCCAUGCCCUACAUUUUAUUAUUGAUUUUUAUUGUAAGGGAACUCAGUGCUAUCAAGAUACCUAGAAUUUUACAGAAUGAACCUACUUCGUACAUUCUAAAAGCUAGCCUUGGAAAUAAACCUCAGCCCUUGCUCGUACAAGAGAGCACACAAACCACUUGUUCUCCAUUUGCAUCUACGUAAUUUAUUCACAGAGAAUAUUAAUAUAUAGGUUGUGGCCUAAAUUUCAAAGAAUCUGCCUACGGUAACUCUGGAGACUGCAAUGCGGAAGGUCUGACUUGGAGUGGACUAAGAACCACAGAUCGUUGCACCAAUGCUUUCAACAUGGUCUCUUAUGCACUAGCUGCAAGAGCAUCUCUUGCUGCCAAUAGAUCUUACAUCUUCCUGAAUUCGACAGAAGAAAGUUUUUGCAGAGAGGAUUUUUAUGAGAAGUAUCCAAACAUAAAGGAAUUGAACUGUGGGAUGGAAGAAUUUACGUUCAAUAAUAAUGCUUGUUCAAAGCUUACAGUUGAAAAUGUUGUUGAUAUUCUUGGAAACGAUUUUCUGUCCUUGAAGAAUGAGUGCAAUAGCCUAACAGGUAAAAAGCAAACUCAUGCCUGCAUAAGCUGUCUUCAAAAAUACAGUUUCGCCACAGUAAAACUACUAGCAGAAAAUGCUAAUCAACGAAAUUUUAGCACUACUAUGUGUGGGAUAGCCCUCCAAAUUACACUGAUUAGCAUGAAUAUAAACGACACUGAGUGGAUUAAUGCCUUCCGCAAUUGUCUAAUGAUCAAGACCACAAAAGAUGAAGAACAGACUGACAAGGUUUUAUAUGGGUUCUCACCAGUAUCACUGUUAGCCAUUGUUGGAGGGCUUCUCUGCAGAGGGAAAUGGAAACAGGAGGAAAAGAAUAUCGAGGAUUAUGAUCAGUGUUCCAUCGAAAGUUUUAAUAGCUACAGCUUCUCCAGCAAAGAAAUUUACAACGCUACAGACGAAUUCAAUGAUACAAACUACCUUGGUGAAGGGACUGCUGGAAAGGUUUACAAAGGAGUUUUGCGCAACAAAAAGCAGAUUGCUGUGAAGCAAAUCGUCAAAGAUAAUUUUGUAGAGACCUAUUUUAGGGAGGUCAAAAAUGUUUCAAAAAUCAAGCACCCAAAUUUGGUCUCAUUACUGGGCUAUUGUGAGGACAGGCAUGAAUAUUAUUUGAUUUAUGAGCUAUGCUCCCAGGGAAAUCUGGCUGAAUGGCUUUUUGGACACAACAAAACGUUGUCAUGGAAUCAAAGACUAAAUAUUGCAGUUGGGAGUGCUCGGGGUCUAUUGUUCCUUCAUUCACACCCACAAGGUUGCAUUGUUCACCGAGAUAUAAAGCCUACAAAUAUUUUGCUGACUGAAGAUAUGGAGGCAAAGCUUUCUGACUUUGGCCUGUCUCGAGUCAUUGCCUUUGAGAAAUCUCAUGUUGUGUCAGAAGUUAGAGGAACAAUUGGCUACCUCGAUCCAGAGUAUGCCAAAAAAGGGAAACUGACACCCUCCAGUGAUGUCUAUAGUUUUGGGAUUACUCUUCUGCAGCUUCUUUCAGGUCGAAGAGUCAUCAACCUUGAUACACAAAGACCAAUGACACUAGACAAAAUGGCCAGAAUGGUUUCCAGAACAGGGAACAUAUUUGAUUUUGCAGAUAAAAAGUUGAAGGGAUACUACUCUACUGAUGCAUUUGAACUAGUCCUGAAGACUGCACUCCAGUGCACCUCGGCCACCAAGCUCAAACGUGUAGGCAUGAAAGACAUUCUGUCAGAGCUAGAGGAGGCUCUUGAGAUAUCAAUUAGAACAAUGUAAAAGAGAGAAGAAAAAAAUUAGGAAUUAGAAGUUAAAAUAUUGUCUAAUCUCAAAUAGUGAGUUUAGAUGUGUACCAUAUAGCAAGGGGUAAGAUCAGAUUUAUCCCAUGAAGGUGUACAUUUUUUUGUUAAUCCUAUUUUAUGGGAGUGAUAAUAGUUAGGAUUUAGAGAACAUGUAAGAUUGUUGAACCCUACCCCAAUCAAGUAGAUUGAAAGGCUCAAAAGGAGUUCAUGUAAAGAACAUCGUUGAUAAUGAACGAAUCUUAAUUAGACACAGUGCCUUUUAGGAUUAAAUAGAAUGGAUGAAUUAUUUAGACAGGAUGCUUCCCAAAAUAGAGAUAAAAGGACAGCU